GCACUGCCGCACGCCUCCAACCCCCUUCUCGCGCACUAGGGGUCACGUGACUCCUCGCAGGGCUCUCUCCCCCUCUUCAUGGCCCCGCCCAAGCGCGGCGCGUGGAGAGGGGGGCGCUGUGUUUUGGCGCGCGCGCUUUUGGAACCGUUUGCCGCGCGCCGCUGGCCCGUCCCUUUGAGCGGGGAGCCCGGCGCCGGGCAGGAUGCGGAGCCGCGAGGAGGUGGAGGCCACGCUGCAUAUCGCGAAGCUGAACCCGGCGGAGCUGCUGCCGCUCGUGCACUGCCUCAGCUUCAGCCCCCGCGCCAGCGCCGGAGAGUGCUGCCUGCUGCAGCUCGAGCCGGGCCUUUGCGCCGAGCUGGAGGCGGGGCACAGCCUAGUGAUCCGUGGUGAAAAAGAUGAACAGGCUGUGCUGUGCAGUAAAGAUAAAACUUAUGAUAUGAAAAUAGCAGAUACUUCAAAUAUGUUGCUGUUUAUCCCUGGCUGUAAAACUCCAGAACAGCUGCUUGGAGAUCAAGCAUCAUGUAAUAUCAUUCACACCCAGAUUGCUGGUUUCUCCAAUAAUUACUGGGAAUUAAGGAAAUGUCGACCUAAACUAAAGAAACUAAAGCAACUUCUAAUGGAAAAUCCUUAUGAAGGGCCAGACAGUGUGAGAGAGAAAGCUCUGACUGACUCAAAGUAUACAAUGGAAGACUUGCUAGAUCGGAUUCAAGCAAGUGAGGAGGAAAUACUGCAUCAGUUGCAGGUUAUAAACGCCUGUAAAAUUGAAGGAUAUUGGCGGGUUCUAGAAUUUGAUUAUGAGAUGAAACUUCUGAAUCAUGUGACUCAACUAAUAGAUUCUGAAUCUUGGUCUUUUAGCAAGGUUCCUUUAAGUAUCUGUCUUCAAGAACUUGGACCCCUGGAACCCGAAGCAAUGAUACAACAUAUUCUUUUAAGUUAUGGAAUGAAAUAUACUGAUGAAGAUGAAGUUUAUUUUGAAAUGAAUGCAGAUAAAAUAUGCACAGCUACAGCACAAAUGCUCUUGCAAAAUGCAGUUAAAUUCAAUCUAGCAGAAUUUCAAGAAGUAUGGCAACAAAGUGUCCCUGAAGGGCUGACAACAAGGCUGGAUCAGCUCAAGGGUUUGGCUCUGUUGGACAGAAACUCAAGACCAGAGACUAUCUUCUUGCUAAAAGUAGAAGAGUUGCCUGAGGAUAACCAGGAAAGGUUCAACAAGUUAUUUACCAUUCGGGAAAAGUGGACAGAAGCAGAUAUUGCCCCAUAUAUUCAAGACUUAUGUGCAGAGAAGCAAACAGUAGCUGCACUUCUGACCAAAUAUGCUCGUUCUUCCAUGCAGAAUGGAGUCAAAGUUUAUAACUCUAGAAGACCCAUCUCAUAACAAGAAACAACCUUAUUUAAGAAUCAAGAAUACAUCAAGGAAUAACUGGUGGUGGUCAUACCAGAAUUAUUUGUAAUUAUGUAGCAAUAUCAACUAAUUUGAAAUGUCACUGUUGUGAAAGAUCUGCCAGCUUAAAAAAAAGUGUAGUACUGUACACCAAAGACAGUGGAAUUCUUUAUUUUAGAUCUUUGUGGAAAUAAUUGCUCUACCACAAUCUAAAAACACACAUUGCUGGAAUCUAGGGUCCACCACUUAACCAGGAAGACUUACAAAUUUGUUUGUAUUGAACUGAAAUUUGUAGUUUGUCUUAACUCUAGAAGCAAAAUAAACUCUUAUCUAGGAGAUUGGUAUAUCUCCAAUUAUUACCUUUUUUUUAUUACUUCCAGUGACAGUACUGAAUAUAGUAUUUCAAAAGCAAAGUGGAAUGCUUGGUUUGUUUGCUAUAAAAACUGAACUGUCAGAGCGUAUUAGUUAACAAUAAGCAAUAUUAGUGUUUUGAGCUGUGUGUGUAAAAUGAGAAAUUUGGCCUUAUAGGUGAAUUACUCAUUUCCACUGUGGACUACAGGUCAGGCCUUUGGAAGGUGGUCCUUCUGGUUCAUGUCUUUGAAUGUGGAUAACAUGAAACAGAAUUAUGAGGCACUUAAUGUUCUGGGUUCUUGACAAUUUAAUACUAUAGGCAAAAUUGCCUUAAGUUACAUAAUGCUAAGAGGAUGCCUCAAAUUACUCAGACAUGUUAUGGACUCAGCAACUUUCUGUAACCUGUCCUUCACCACUGGAAUAUUGUCAACAUAAAAUU